AAACGUGAUAUGUCAAAUAGAUAUAGCAUCAGAAAGAAUAGUAAAUCAAUAAAAUAACCAGUAUCAUUCUGUUAUUUUGAAAGCUAAACAUUAAUAUGGAACAACUUUCUGUUUUACUCACCUAUAGCUGAGUGCAGCCGGUGACCAAAACACUGCAACCGAGUCCAGCCUUUCAGAGCAACAGCUCUUACUAUGUUGGCUCCGUUAUCUGUUGUGAUGCACACCAGUUGGUCUUGGCUCAGGCCCCAUGAUUCCAGUGCGUCCUCCAGCCCCUGACUGAUUAUUUCGGCAGUGUGGUCCUCUGGAAAAUACACCGUCUGCAAGCACCUGCUUUGAAGACCCCACUCCUUGUCAAUGGAAUAUUUCAGUCAUUCAGAAUAAUGGGGCUCUUCUGGGUGGAGCCUCUGGUUGCUGUGUAUUCCUUCUCCAUCUUUCUCUUCAAUCCUGUUGCACAGCAGUAUGUGUAUUGGAGGCUUUGGCAGAUGCUGCCAAACACCACAACCUUCCUUCCUAAAAGUUCAUCCAGCUGUACAGCAAACAGCAGCAAUCAGUCCCUCUCCCAAGAGGUGGUGCAGAAGCAGGCGUCACUCUUCUCCCUUUACAGUGGGAUCACGACAAUAUUGUCUUUUGGCAUUGCAGUGAUACUGGUUGCCAGUGGUGACCAGAGAGGACGCAGGCUCUCAAUCAUCACACCAAUUAUUGGGACACUACUAAACACCCUGUACAUCCUGAUGGUGUCCUACUUUGAGCUGAAUGUCUACCUGCUCCUCCUUGGCACAUUCAUAAGUUCUCUAUUUGGAGGCUUUGGAUCAUUUGUUGGUGGCAGUUUUUCCUAUGUAACAGACUUGUGUAAUGGCCAGAAGAUGAAGACUCUCCGCAUGUCCAUGGUGGAGAUGGUGCUAGGCACAUUUGCUGGCAUUGGUGCAUUAUCAUCAGGCUACUUCAUAAGAGCCGCAGGCUUUAACUGGCCUUUCAUUACAUGUGCACUGUGUCAAUGUUGUCUCCUGUUUUAUGCAAUCUUCAUCUUAGAAGAGACUGUAGAGACUGCACCAUCUGAUGCAGGUCACCUGGGUGGAGUACUAAAGUGGGCAGCCAUUAAAAGGACACUUCGCCGAGUUUACAAAGUGUUCUCUGAGGCUAGCUACAGACACAAAACCACCUUGGGCCUCAUGAUGGCAAUCAUUGUCACAUCUUACUUUGCCUUUGUGGGCGGCUUUGCCAUGAUCUUACUUUAUGAGCUGAAGGAGCCACUAUGUUUCAAUGAAGUUUGGAUUGGGUGGAGUUCUGCAAUGAGCUCCUUAAUGUUCCCAAUCAGUUUUGUGGGAGUGUAUGUAUUAACACACUGCAGGAUUUCACAGCUGGUCACAAUCCUCCUGGGGAUCUUGUCAAUCACUAUUGGGUUGUUGCUGGUGGCUUUAUCCAAAACAACUUUAAUGAUAUUUAUGGCAAGGUUGGCAAUGAGUCUGUCUAGCAUGCCAUUUCCUGUCCUGCGUACCAUGAUGUCUGGAACUGUCCCACAUUCUGAGCAGGGAGCACUGUUUGCCUGGAUCUCUUGCCUAGAAACUUUAUCUGGCUCUGUAGCAGGGACUGUUUUUGCUGAAGUGUAUUCUGCUACAGUGGCCUGGUACCCUAGCUUCAUAUUCUUGUUGGCAGCUGGAAUUAGUCUCAUCCCUCUAGUUCUUCUAGGGGUGUUGUGGUGGCUCAGAGUCAAUGAAGAUGCAGAGGAGGUGCGAGCCAUCCUCUCAGUGUCUGAGGAAGAGCAGGGAGCAGUCUCAGAGUAGGGGGCUUCAGAAGGGGAAGAAUGGGAUGGACUUGAGAGUAUGAGCCUGUCUGUUUCAGCUCUAUCAUAAGGUGCCCUUUUAUUGAGCAUAGCUUUUUUUUUUUUUAAAGGUCAAUUUCAGAGAUUUAAAUCAUGAAACU